AUGGGAGCCUCUAACAGCCGUGAAGAUCCGUUAGAAUCGUCCGAUUCAGAGCAAGAGCAGGAAGAAACCUACCAAGAUGCCGCCGAAGGAAGCUCCGAACGGCCACCAAAAACGCCGUCAACUCCGUCAUCCCUCGAUGACGUGGAGGCCAAGCUCAAAGCGCUCAAACUCAAAUAUUCAUCCUCCACCACCCCUGCCGUCAAAAACGCCGUCAAACUCUACCUCCACGUCGGCGGCAACACCCCCAAAGCUAAGUGGGUAGUCUCCGACAAACUCACCACGUAUUCUUUCGUCAAAGCCCACUCCGACGCCGACUCCGACGACGAAAACAACGAUACCGACGACGACGAAAACAACGAACAAUCAUUCUGGGUUAUGAAAGUCGGUUCCAAAAUCCGGGCCAAGGUGGGCCCUGAGAUGGGCCUGAAGAGUUUCCCCGACCAGCGGCGCGUGGACUUCGUGGCGCGUGGCGUCUGGGCGAUGAAGUUCUUCACCGUGCAAGAGCAAAUCGACUUUAUUGAUUCCUUCCAGAAGUGUCUCUUCGAGAACACGCAUGGAGUGGAGGCGACGGAAGCGAACAAGCUCAAGAUCUACGGCAAGGAUUUCAUGGUGUGGGCGAAACCCGAAUCCGCGGACGAUUCCAUGUGGGAAGACGCAGAGGAAACUUUCUCCAAAACCCCCACUCCGGUUAGGGCAACUCAGGAUUUGAAAGAAGAGUUCGAAGAAGCUUCAAACGGUGGUAUUCAGAGCAUUGCAUUGGGUGCUUUAGAUAAUAGUUUUUUGGUGAGUGAUAACGGUAUUCAGGUUGUGAAGAACUUCGCACAUGGGAUUCACGGGAAGGGUGCUUUCGUUAAUUUCAGUGAUGGGUAUAAAAAUGGGGAUGGGGGAUCUUCUUCCUAUUGUACCCCUAAGAAGACGCUUCUUAUGAAGGCUGAAACGAACAUGCUUCUGAUGAGUCCAAUGGGUGGAGGAAAGCUUCACUCGACGGGGCUUCAUCAGCUUGAUAUUGAGACUGGGAAGGUAGUUAGUGAAUGGAUGUUUGGGAAGGAUGGGACAGAGAUUACAAUGAGGGAUAUUACCAAUGAUUGUAAAGGGGCACAGUUGGAUCCUUCUGGGUCAACUUUUCUAGGGUUGGAUGAUAACAGGCUUUGUAGGUGGGAUAUGAGAGAUCGCAAUGGGAUGGUUCAGAAUUUGGCCGAUUCGAAUGCCCCUGUGUUGAAUUGGGCGCAAGGACAUCAGUUUUCGAGGGGGACUAAUUUUCAAUGCUUUGCUACUACUGGUGAUGGGUCCAUUGUUGUUGGGUCUUUGGAUGGGAAGAUAAGACUGUAUUCAGUGAACACGAUGAGGCAGGCGAAGACUGCGUUUCCUGGCCUUGGAUCUCCUGUUACUCAUGUGGAUGUUACCUUUGAUGGCAAGUGGAUUGUUGGUACUACUGACACCUACUUGAUUCUUAUUUGUACCCUCUUUACUGACAAAGAUGGAAGGACGAAGACUGGUUUUGCCGGACGGAUGGGAAACAGGAUCGCUGCUCCUAGGUUGUUGAAGCUCACCCCUCUUGAUUCCCAUUUGGCUGGAGGAAACAAUAAGUUCCGGAAUGCACAGUUUUCGUGGGUGACAGAGAAUGGGAAACAGGAGCGGCAUAUAGUAGCCACUGUUGGGAAGUUCAGUGUGAUAUGGAACUUCCAGCAAGUGAAGGAUGGUGCUCAUGAGUGCUACCGUAACCAGCAGGGUCUUAAGAGCUGCUACUGCUACAAGAUAGUCCUUAGGGAUGAUUCCAUUGUUGAGAGCCGUUUUAUGCAUGACAGGUUUGCAGUCAGUAAUUCUCCGGAGGCUCCACUGGUUAUAGCUACCCCAAUGAAAGUUAGCUCAUUCAGCAUAUCCGGCAAGCAAUGA